AAACACUUAAAUGAUGAUCGGUCGGCCAUCUGCUGAUGUUGCAGCCGAAGCCACGUCAUAUUUUGUAUGCUUUGUGACUUAGGUGUGUGAAGUAUUUCUCGAUUCUCUUAUAAAAAUUACUUUUCAGCAACCGAAAAGAUGAACAUAUUUCGACUCUUAGGUGACUUAUCACAUCUCGUUGCAAUUAUCAUUCUCCUUCUCAAAAUAUGGAAAACACGAAGCUGUGCCGGUAUAAGUGGCAAGUCGCAAAUUUUAUUUGCGAUUGUAUAUACAACACGUUAUCUAGAUUUGUUAACAACAUACGUGUCAGCAUACAAUACGUUUAUGAAGAUCAUUUUUAUUGCAACUUCUUAUGUUACAGUUUUUUUAAUGUAUGUGAAAUUUAAAGCUACAUAUGAUCAUAAUCAUGAUACAUUUAGAAUUGAAUUUUUAAUCCUACCUACAUCGGUGUUGGCAUUAUUAAUCAACAAUGAAUUCACAAUUGUAGAAGUUCUAUGGACAUUUAGCAUUUAUUUGGAGUCUGUAGCAAUAUUGCCACAAUUAUUUUUGGUAUCAAAAACAGGAGAAGCAGAAAGUAUUACCAGUCACUAUCUUUUCGCUUUGGGGUCUUAUAGAGGCCUGUAUUUGUUAAACUGGGUGUAUCGUUAUUAUGCAGAAGAUCAUUAUGAUCUAAUUGCUAUAGUUGCUGGUUUAGUACAAACAAUUCUUUAUUGCGACUUUUUCUACCUCUAUAUUACCAAAGUAUUGAAAGGCAAGAAGUUACAACUACCUGCUUAGCUGCAUAGAAGUAUUAUCAUUUGGAAAAUUAUAUAUUGCUCAAACGAGCGGUAUUAUCAUUAAUUGAAUUUAUAUAAAUUUUGGCAAUAUUUAAAAAUCGAGGAAUGUUCAUGUACAAAGUAUACAUUUUAUUAAUUGUAAAGCAUUCCAUUUUUCUUUACGUUCAACAUCAGAAACAUCCAUGUAUAAUUUCUCAUUUAUAUCCCACAUGGCAACAUUAUUUUAGACUGUUAUCCUCAUUGAUUCUCAGCAUAUUACGUCUUUAUAUAAUACAUAAUAAGUAUGUAUUACUAUGAUAACUAUAUCAUUCAUUUAAUUAAAAUAUACAUAAAAUACAAAAUAAUUGGAAAU